GUCAAUCCUUGGUCUUAGAUCUAGAUCAAGAGAUAUGGUUGGAAGCACAUUCGCGAAAAUACUCGACAAACAUUGCCUAGAGGGGCACAAUUUCCCAUCAUGGUAUCGUAAUGUCAAGAUUCUCCUAACGUUGGAGAAGAUUAUUUACGUACUUGAUAAGCCUCUUCCUGACAUACCUCUUGGCCCUGAGGCCACAGAGGAUGAACGUGCUAAGUAUGACAAGCACGUUGAGGAUGAUACACAAGCCAAGUGCUAUCUGUUGGCCUCCAUGAAUGAGGAGCUACAGAGACAGCACGAGGGCAUGGACAGUGCAUUUUCCAUAAUACUCCAUCUUACGGAGUUAUAUGGUGAAGGGACGCGCAACCGUCGCUUUAACACUGUUUGUGAACUUGUGAAGACCAAGAUGGUCAAAGGGGCUCCAAACAUUAAGGAGAUGGCCACAAGCUUAGAUCUGCCAGAGGAUAAACGCGAGUAG